AUGGAUGCUGUACAGAAAGAACAUGACCGCCUUUGGAAGCGAAGCAAGUCUUCAAACACGCUAGACAGUGCCCAACAGAUUAUCGACGCUCUCCAACAUGCUCGAGAUGCUAUUGCUGCUGAACCGACAUCUGCAUCCGUCUCCCUUGCGAAGCUACACAAUCCAGUCAAAGGCUCUUUUGAAGCAAUCAACGCUAGCUUGAAGGAAGUUUACGGAGGGCACAACAAGUACACCAAGGUCUUGGACAGGCUAUUUAAGGAUAAACCGCUACCCAGCAAUGAGAUCGACGCACUUUCUCCCCACCCUGCGUUGGUCCACCGCGCGAUCUAUCUACAUCUUCUCCGAGAGGGACUUUUCGAUGUAGCGACAACUCUCCAUGCAGAGUCCACCGCUAUAUCGAGUAUGUUAGAGGAGAAGGCGGGGCCGGGAGCUAGAGACGAGUCAACUGCCGCUCCGCUAGGGAUUGAUGAAACGGAAUCCAACAGGAUGCAAGAGCAGUUCACAUCAAUGUAUCAUAUCUUAUACGAACUUCGGGAAAAUCACAACCUCCGACCAGCAAUAUCAUGGGCGCGGGACCACACAAAGGCCUUGGAAAUUCGGGGCAGCAACCUCGAGUUCGAGCUCUGCAGACUUCAAUACGUCAAGCUGUUUUUGGCGGAAAUUGAAGAUGCAAGCGAACAGGAGUCUGCUACUGGUCCACAGCGUGCACUACAAUAUGCACGGGAAGAAUUUCAAGCUUUCAGUGGUCGCUAUCUGUUAGAAUUAAGGCAACUUGCUGGUGCCAUGGCAUUUUGUCCCAACCUCGAGGAGUCCCCCUACCAAAGCAUAUUUGACAACCAUACAGCAUGGGACGAGGUUGUGGCAUCAUUCACACGAGAGUUCUGUGCAUUGAUGGAGCUUUCUGCAGAUUCACCGCUUUACAUUGCAGCUACGGCUGGUGCUAUUGCCUUGCCAACGCUAUUGAAGCUUCAGAACAUCAUGCAGCAGAAGAGGACCGAAUGGACCACUGAAAAUGAACUGCCAGUCGAAAUCCCUCUUCCUCCAUCUUACCAGUUCCACUCGAUAUUUGUCUGCCCAGUGUCGAAGGAACAGACCACCGAUCAGAAUCCGCCCAUGAUGAUGCCAUGCGGACAUGUCAUUGCUCAGGAAUCUUUACACCGGUUGAGCAAAGGAGGGAAGUUCAAAUGCCCUUACUGUCCAGGCGAAAGUCAUCCGCGGGAUGCAAAGAAGGUCUUUCUGUGA